UCCUUCUAUAAAUAUCCUAAGAACAUCCAAAGUUCAUAGCAGCUUUUGAACUCCCCCUUCAUACUUCUUAGCAUUCCUGUGUAGAAGUCUUGGUCUUGAAAGUGAUAUUCUAAAACAAAACAAAAAAUUUGAAGCAGUAAUGGCUCAGCUCAUUAGCGUUGUCUUGGCUCUUGGUCUUGCUUUCCUGGCCUUUUCUCCGAUUUGUUUUUGUGGCAAGACAACUGGUGGCUACCUCUAUCCACAGUUUUACGAUAAGUCAUGCCCAAAAGCUCGAGAAAUAGUCAACUCCAUUGUAGCCAAGGCAGUUGCUAAAGAAGCUCGUAUGGCAGCCUCAUUACUUAGGCUCCAUUUUCAUGACUGCUUUGUCAAGGGCUGUGACGCAUCAAUAUUGCUAGACAGCACCGGAAGCAUAAUAAGUGAGAAGGGGUCAAAUCCGAAUAGAAACUCCGCUCGAGGAUUUGAAGUAAUUGACGAGAUUAAAUCUGCACUAGAAAAGGAGUGUCCUAAAACAGUUUCCUGUGCUGAUAUCAUGGCUUUGUCUGCAAGAGACUCUACCGUUCUUACUGGCGGUCCUAGCUGGGAAGUUCCAUUGGGAAGAAGGGACUCUAGAAGUGCAAGUUUGAGUGGUUCGAAUAACAAUAUUCCUGCUCCAAACAACACAUUUCAAACAAUUCUUACCAAGUUCAAGUUACAAGGCCUUAAUGUUGUUGAUCUUGUUGCGCUAUCUGGGAGCCACACAAUUGGAAAUGCUCGGUGCACCAGCUUCAGGCAGAGGCUGUACAACCAGUCAGGAAAUGGGAAGCCUGACUACUCUCUUCAACAAUCGCUCGCUGCCCAAUUGCGCAACCGGUGCCCCAGAUCAGGAGGUGACCAGAACCUGUUUUUCUUGGACUUCGCAAGUCCAAAAAAGUUCGACAACAGUUACUUCAAGAACAUAUUGGCUUCAAAAGGACUGUUGAACUCUGACCAAGUUCUCCUGACGAAGAAUGAAGCAUCAAUGGAAUUGGUCAAGAAAUAUGCUGAGAGCAAUGAGCUUUUCUUUGAGCAAUUUUCCAAGUCCAUGGUUAAGAUGGGAAACAUCUCUCCAUUGACAGGUUCCAGGGGAGAGAUUAGAAAGAGUUGCAGGAAGAUUAAUUCUUGAUCAAUUGCGGUACCUAGUUAGAUCUAUGCUUUAAAUAAUUGGUGCUAAAAUGCUUUGUGGCUAAUUGGUACUAAAAUGCUUUGCGGCUGUUUCCUAUUUUAUGGUCGUCUUUCUUGAUGUUCUUUCACGUAUAAAUUUUAUGCCAGCUAAAUUCGAAAACA